AUCCUUACCUGUGUGGAGGCAGGAGGCCCCACCCCCUCGCUCCUGACUGGCUGCUGGGGGAGUGUCACCUGGGCCUUCCCCUGAACUUCUUCUCAGAAAGAGGCCCUGUUGCAUGCAUUCCAUUCUCAAAAGGAGUGAGGAAAAGUAACUUCUCUGCCAUCCCUCUCAAGCAAUUAUAUCAUCUGCCGCACUCUCCUCCGAGCCUCUUAAGGAAGAAGUGGGUUUCUCCAGAAGCAAGCAAGCGAGGGGGAUGGAGAACGAAGCCUUCGCCUCGUUCCUCUUCUUCGGGACUCUUUUGGUCCUCAAAAUGUAUGCCGUGGCCGUCAUCACUGGGCAGGUGCGCCUCCGGAAAAAGGCUUUUGCCAAUCCUGAGGACGCCUUGCGACACGGAGGGCUGCAGUAUCACAGAGAAGACCCCGAUGUGGAACGCUGCCUGAGGGCCCACCGCAACGACAUGGAGAACAUCCCACCCUUCCUCUUUCUGGGGGCCGCCUACUCCUUCCUGGGCCCCGACCCGACUCUAGCCCGCCUCCACUUCCUGGCCUUCUUCCUGGGGCGCCUGGCACACACCGUGGCCUACCUGCUCCGCCUGCGGGCCCCCCUCCGCUCCGUGGCCUACGUGGCUGCCCAGGUCUCCUGCCUCUCCAUGGCCCUCCAGAUCCUCCUCGCCGGAUUCCGUCGCGAGCCAUGAUACCCCCCACCCCUGCCCGCCUGCCCCUGGACUUUGCACAGCCCUCUCCUUUGGCACCAUCCUGUAUAUAUAUAUACCCCACACCGCCAUGGGAUUGCGUGGGAGGCCUCAAGGACAAGUGGAUUCCUCCUCAAUAAAACCAAAAUGCCUUGUG